AUGGCGAAGACCACAAAGAUGCUUAACAACAACGAGAACGACAUCGGGCAAACAACACCACAAGACCCCAUAAACGUCGACUCCUACCCAACCGCCCAAAAGCUCGUGGCUCGGACAUGCGAGUUCCUCGCUGGGAUCCAGAACUUGUCACCCGGAAAGCCCCUGGAAGAACAUCUCAACACCAAAUACGGACCCGGAACACCAUACUUCGACGACUUCUCCACGCUCCUAAAACAAGGCUUCGCCGAAGGCUGGGUCGCCACGCACGAACUGGACCGGCCACGAUUCCGCGCUCGCAAAAUCAUGAACCCCUGCUCUGAAACCCUCUGCUUCUCCCUCACAGCCGUCUACUUCGACUCCAUCGAGAUCAUCGCCCCGAAAGAUUCUCGCCAUAAACACUCCUACGGGGAGAUCAACUGCGUGAUUCCCGUUGAUGAAGGUUUCGAGUUGGAAGGCCUACCCGUAGGUGAGAAGUGGCAAGGAGCUGGAUGGACGAGUCUGGCGGCUGGGACGCAUCAUAUUCCGAGGGCGAGGGGUGGGAGGGGGCUUGUGUAUUUCUUUCUGCCGAGUGGGAGGAUGGUGUUGAGUGGUGAUGUGGAGGAGGAGCAGGCGGGGAAUAUUUGA